GUACGAAGAAUCGGAGGCGACGAACCGCCGCGCAUUGGAGGGAUACGAGAAAUGUUUUGGAUUGGACCAUCCUGACACAUUGAUGGCCGUCGAAAACUUGUCUAUACUUUUGCUAAAGCAGAGAAAGUUCAUCGAAUCAGCAAAACUGUUCCGCCACGCCCUAGAAAGCAGAGAGAAAACCUUGGGCGCGGACCAUCCUAGUGUACUGUCUACUAUUGACAACCUAGCUAUAGCACUUGAAGCUCAGGGAAAGUUUGCCGAAACCGAAGAACUGCUUCAACGUGCCCUGAUAACUCGCGAAAGUGCACUCGGCUCAGAGCACCCGAAUGUCUGCGAAACCCUCGAGAGUCUGGCUUGCCUACAUGAAAAACAGGACCGGUAUUCCCAGGCUGAAGAAGCUUAUGAACGGGCCUACCAGGGAUUCUCUAAAACCUUAGGUGAACACCACCUCACUACCUUGGAAUGCACUAGGAAAUUGAAGUUACUACGG